GUGAAGACUGGACUCUGGGAGCAGCAGCCCCAUGUGUGGGGCCCAGCCUGAAAGCGCCCCCUGGCGGCCUCUGCAUUUACACAGCGUCUGGACCUCACCACACCUGUUGGCCCCUUGCUGGGCCCUGAGCCCAGAGCCCUGCCUCCUCCUAAGAGCCAGGUGUCAGGUGUUCCCACACCUGCUUCCUUCUAGGAUCAAUCCUGCCCCGCCCCCUAUUAAAGGACCUGCUACCCUUCCCUGUCGCUGGGGAGGGCAUGCAGGGCUUGGACAGGGAAGUGUAGAGGGGGCGGGCAGUAGGCCCUUGGGCCAGUGCCCAGUGGAUGUGUGUUCCUGGAGCCGCGCCCUGGCCUCCCAGUAGACCUGAGUUGGUCGCUCCUCCGGGCCCUCCUGUGUUUACACAAGGGGCUGAGUUCCCGAUCCCGGGCAGGCAGCACAAUGAAUGAGAAGAGAGGGCGAAUGAGGCAAGAGGGCCGGAAGAGCCACAGAAGUAACAGCAAGAGGUUUCCAGUGCCUGGUAUUCACCCCUGGAAAGGCAAGAGAAGCAAGGAUGGGGAUGGAGGCACAGGGAGCAGCGGGUACACGGAUGGGGUGUGUGGUGGCCGGCCUGGCUCUACUUCCCUCUCUUUGCAGGGCUCCUCGCGUGGCCGGGAGGAAGGAGCGCCUGGGUUGCUCGGAUUGGAAGGAGGAGCUGCCGGUUUGAGUCCCGAGGUUGCGUCGGGAGCCUUGGCAAAGGCUUGGGAGGCAGGCAGGACGGGAUAUACAGUGGCCCCUGUCCAAAAAGUGGCUGGGCAGCUGGCAGCAGGUACAGUUUAGGCAGAAAUCCAGGCUGGGGUCAGCGUGGCCAGGGCUGGGCUCGGAUCAGAGGACAGCCCAAAACGGCUCCAAGGGCUGGGACACAGGCAGGGGCGGCGGCCAUCUGGGGAACAGUGCCUGCCUGGUGCCCUCAAACCAAGAUGGGCUGUGGAGAUCAUGUGCCACUUCCGUAGUGAUGAAAACCCCCAUAGAGCAUGUCACCCUCCACUGCAGCGGCCUCAGAAGGGGGAGGGUGUGGGGAGCAGCGUUCCUGAUUGACGGGGCAGGGCAGGGGAGGGUUCGAGGCUUCAGGCUGGAGCUUGUUCCUCCAAGGCUGUGAACAGGCACCAUGGGGACCCGUCCCAGAGAGUCUGCUGGUGAGAGGUGCUGAGCCUGCGGCUGGCUGGCCCCCAAAUAGACAGAUUCAGGUGGAGACAGCUGUCAGAUCCUGAGAUUGUCAGUCAAAAGCCAUCGGUGUUUUCCAGACAGUGGAAGAGUUGGUCUUGCUGUUGACCAGGGACAAACAGGCAGCCUUCUUCAGUUAGGGACAUUUGAGUGGAGACAGGCACAGUCAGUGGCCUGAAAGUGAGCAGUCAGCCAGGGCAGGUGGGUGGCCAGCCUGGCCAAGUUCAGGACAGCUAAAGGUCCCUAGGGGCAUUGUGUGACCAGUAGGCUGGAAGUUGUUGUGUGACUGAGCAGAGAUGCCCUGUUAAUGGGUCACACGGUUGGAGAUGGUGUCAGGGGGUCAGCCUGACCAGCAGGGACAGCUGGCAGGAAGGUGAGGGACGCCAGCCAGGCAUGGUGUUAGCUGCGGGCGGGCAGGUAGUUGGUUUGAGCAGCCUGAGGGAUCAAGCGGUCAGUCCUUUGGGCAGUCUGAUUGUCAGGACAGUGAGCCAGGGACAGCCACAGGGAACCAUUUGGACUUCUGUGGGGCCACCCUGGAGGCCCCUGAUGGCCUCGUAGAAUCUGCCUCUUAGGAGACCCCCAGAUGGUCAGUCCCCCAAAGACAGCCAGACCCUCAGGGACCCAGCCUGUGACAGUCCUCCUACCCAAGUGGCUCCAAUGGCAGCCUCCCAGCUGGCAGCGCUGGACGGAGAGGAGUCCGGGGCUGGGGUGCUGCCCCUGACCGAGGCCAGCCCCGGCUUCCUGUACUCCGAGGGCCAGCGGCUGGCCCUGGAGGCUCUGCUGAGCGAGGGGACGGAGGCGUUCCAGGCCUGCGUGCAGCGCGAGGGGCUGUGGCCCUUCCUGAGCAGGGAUGAGGCCCAGGGCUUGGCGGCAGCAGCUGAAGACUGGCCAGUAGCCAAGCCGGAGCCCGGCGGGACAGCAGAGGGAGCCGCUGCCACCGAGGAGGAUGUGGGCAGCCUGACCUACUGGCCCGGGCAGUCGGAGCAGCCGGCGCCUGUCCUGCGGCUGGGCUGGCCGGAGGACUCGGCCUGGAAGGGGAUCACCCGGGCACAGCUGUACACCCAGCCCCCUGCAGAGGGCCACCCGCCCCUCAAGGAGCUAGUACGCCGGGAGAUCCAGGCCGCCCACAAGCUGGUGGCCGUAGUCAUGGAUGCCUUCACUGACCCAGACCUGCUUUGGGACUUGGUGGCUGCCGCCACGCGCCGCUGGGUCCCUGUCUACCUGCUCCUGGACCGCCAGCGGCUGCCCGCCUUCCUGGCACUGGCCCAGCAGCUGGGGCUGAACCCCUGGGCCACAGAGAACCUGGACAUCCGCGUCGUGCGGGGCUGCAGCUUCCAGAGUCGCUGGCGACGGCAGGUGAGCGGCAACGUGCGGGAGAAGUUCGUGCUGCUUGACGGUGACAGGGUCAUCUCAGGAUCCUACAGGUAUGGCCUCCGCACCCCCGCCACGCCUCCUGAUGUUCUGUACCCAGCGUGCCCCCAGUGUGCGAGAGAACAGCGAGCAUCCCCUUUCCCGGCCUCUCUUUCCUCAUCUGUAAAAUGGGUCCCAAUCACCCUUCUCCAGAAGUCCUGGGGCUCGAAGGACACCCCAGCCAAGGCCCUGAUGCGGCAGCGGGGCACUGGAGGGGGCCCCUGGGCCGAGGCUGAGUCCCGGCCUCCUCCGCUGGCCUGGUCCCAGCCCUGGGGCGGGCCCCUGCCCCUCCUCCCUCCGCGCCGCCUCCACUAUCUGUCCGCGGCCCCCAGGAGGUUGGGUGAGGAUGCCACGUCCAGACUCCCGGAGCCCAGAGGCGCCCGGCAGCCAGACUGGGCCUUCCGCGCGGGACUCGGGGGGCAGCCCUGACAGGAGCCCGGCCGCACUCGGCUGCCCACCCGGGAGAGAUGCGUGACGUGUCGGCUCAGAGCCCCGGCCUCGGCUGGCCUCGCUCGCGGGCCUCCGGCAGGCCCUCUGGCCUCCGUGUCCAGGAAACGGAAGGGACUUUUUUUGCUUGUCCCAGAACCUGGACAAUCCCACUGCCCAACCUGGACCUCCGUGUCGCAGGCCACAAAAUGGCAAGCAGGCGGAAGUCAAGUCUCCACCGGCUGCCGAUCCUGACAGCCCGAAUCCUACGGGGUGUCCGGACUUCUCUGGGGAGGGGCCUGGCCCAGUGGCCCCCCUGCUGGAAUUGUGGGGGGAGCCAAGGUGGGGAAGCCCUGGGACUAAAGGGGACGCUCCUGGCACCCACCAUGCUCAGGAGCUGUGGGUAAACUGAGUCAAGGAGCUGAAGAAUGAGGGCCUGGAAAGUUGUGGGACACAGCUGCUGGGGUUGGGCCAUGGGGAGGGACUGGGUGGGCGGAGGAGCCGUUUGGGGGUGCCAAGCGGAGGUGGGUCUGCUGGAGCCCCCCUUUCCUUAUUCUCAGAAUAAAAUGUGCAUUUGGGCAUGAAAA